AUGGUUGAGGAAGAGCAUACUAGUGCACAACCUAUUGGAUAUCCAAGAGGACCGUACGAUACACUUUUGGUUAAGUACGAACAUCAUAUUGCUAUACAUAUAUGGUUUGGUGAGAGAGGUACGAAGAAAGAGUUGAAGGCAACAAGACAUGGGUUGAAGCUGAUUAAGAGGGUUCCACUACACCUUCCUAGUGAGAUGAAGGGUUGGGUAUCUAGGUCUGAUCUAUCUUCACUCUAG